AACAUAACCUUACAAAUUACACCAAAAAUGGAUUCAAAUUUCGAAAAUUCAUGUAGAAUCUGUGCAAAUGAGAAAACAGAAGACCUUGGCAAUUUAUUCGAGAUAAAUUUUAUUGAUACACAUCUUUGUAUUGAAUAUUUAAGAAAAAUUACUGACCUUAAAUAUUCCUUUGAUGACAUUUUACCGAAAACCAUCUGCAAAGAAUGUUUAACAAAUCUAAAUUUUUCAUACAAUUUCACUCAGCAGUGUAUAAACUCUGAAAAAUUGUUAAAAACUAAAGAAACUCAAAUACUAUUACAAAUAGAGCAAGAGGCUUCAAAACCCAAAGAACAAGAUCUAAAUGAGACCUGUGAUACCCUUAAAAGCAAUUACGAAGAAAUAAUAUUAACAGUUAGUCCAAAUGUGAAACACACAGAUGAAAAGUAUACUUGUAUAGUCUGCUCAAAAUUGUUUAGCAAUAAAAUUAAAUUACAAAAGCAUUUAAAAACACAUGAUGAUAGCAAUCCUUUUAAAUGUGAAGAGUGUCUUCAGACUUUUUCAAAAAAAUGGAACUUUGAUACUCAUAUGAGAUCCCAUGUUAAAAAUGAAGAUAAAAAAUAUUCUUGUGAAGUUUGUGGGCAGCAAUUUAUGUUUCAGUAUUUGCUAACUAUACAUGAAUAUAAGCAUAAAGAAGAUAAACCUUUCCCAUGUUCAAAAUGCAACAAAAGUUGUUUGACAGGAGAACACCUUAGAAGACAUGUAAAAAUACAUGAAAAGGGCUACAUAAAAAAAGUCCACUCGUGUUUGGUUUGCAACAAAAAAUUUUCAUACCCGAGUUUUCUGGAGGUCCAUAUGAAAACUCACACUGGAGAAAAGCCCCAUUUGUGUUCUGUGUGUGGGAAAGCCUUCAGGCAAAUAGGAUCAUUACAUUUUCACCAACGGGUGCAUACAGGGUACAGACCAUACCCUUGUAAUGUUUGUGGGGAAAGUUUUAUGUCAUCAAGUGCUCUAACAGGUCAUAGUAGAAAACACACAAAUGAAAAACCUUUUGUUUGUGAUAUUUGUGGUGUUAAAUUUGGAAGAAGUGGAGACAUGAAAAGUCAUCAAAAAACCCACACUGGUGAAAAAAGCUACUUGUGCACCAUUUGUGGAAAAAAGUUUACCACAACUGGUCAAUUAACAAUUCAUGUAAGAUCUCAUACAGGUGAAAAACCUUUUUCCUGCACUACAUGCUUAAAAUCGUUCACAACUUCAACAUCAUUGAAAAAACAUGAACGUAUACACACUGGAGAACGCCCUUAUGUUUGUCAAGUUUGUGGCAAGGGAUUUACUCAAAGAGGAAAUCUUACAUCUCACCUUAAUUUCCAUAAUAAAACGAAAAAAACAAGAAGAAAAAACAAGAGUAAUUCAAAACCUAUUGGUGAUAAUUGUAAUGAUUUAACUGUAUUACAAGUUGUAAGUAAUGGAAAAAACGUGGAAGUGGAAGAUAAUGUGGAAUAUACUGAAAUGAUGCCCAUGCCUGUACCCACAGUUAAUCUUUAAUUCCUAGUAAUUUAAUAAAAAGUAAUUAAGUUCAAUAUUGAAUUUUUGUAAAAAUGCAAUUAUUAUUUCAAUAAAUACAUACAUAUAUUGUUCUUUAA